AUGGCAGACCAUGUUCCCCCAGGUGUUGACUCCAAGGCCAAUAUUGCUGAAGUUCCCACUAUCACCCACGCAGAAAGCAAUCAUGAACACUCUAAAUUUAAAUCUGCCAAAAACGCCGAUGGUGACACGGCUAUGGCGCUGUUCGAUGACCCCAGUGAUCUUCACGAAGAAGUCGAUCCUGUGGAGGCGAGAAAGCUAUUGUGGAAGAUUGAUUUCAUGAUCCUACCCUACUUAGCUGUCUGCUAUGCGUUCUUCUACAUUGAUAAGACAACGCUGAGCUACGCUGCUAUUUUUGGGAUUCGAGAAGAUCUCGAUCUACAUGGAACGCGGUAUAGCUGGCUGAGCAGUAUCUUCUAUUUCGGUUUCUUAGCAUGGGCAUUCCCUACCAAUUUUUUGAUGCAGCGUCUUCCAAUUGGGAAAUAUCUGGGUGCGAAUAUUUUCAUGUGGGGUGUUUUCCUCAUGAUCCAAGCUGCCUGUAACAGUUUUGAGACCCUCGCCGUCCUUCGAGCCCUUGGUGGUGCAGCCGAAGCCUGCGCUGACCCAGCUUUCAUGCUCAUCACGAGCAUGUGGUAUACGCGUCGUGAACAGCCAGUACGUCUUGGGCUGUGGUAUACAGCAAAUGGUCUCGGUAUUGCAUUGGGUGGGCUACUCGGCUAUGGAAUUGGUCAUCUGAAAGGUGCACUACCGUCUUGGAAGUACGAGUUUAUUGUGAUUGGUGCCCUGUGUUCUGCCUGGGGUAUUGUCAUGUUUACAUUCCUCCCCGAUUCACCCGUUACAGCUCGUGGUCUUACCAAGAGAGAACGUCGCAUGGCGGUUGAGCGUAUACGAGAAAAUCAGACUGGUGUUGAGAACAAGCAUCUUAAGCCAUAUCAGAUUGUGGAGGCUUUCAUGGACUAUAAGCUCUACAUGUUUUUUAUUCUUGGCGUUGUUUGCAAUAUUCCCAAUGGUGGCAUCUCGAACUUUGGCACCAUCAUUAUUCAAGGGUUUGGGUUCUCAACGUUGGUGACCACUCUUAUGCAGAUUCCGUACGGCUUUAUCAUUGCUAUCUCGAUUUUAACAUGCGUCUAUCUCAAUGACCGCUUCCAGAAUCGACGAUGCAUUUUUGUGCUCAUCUUCCUGAUCCCUAACAUUGCCGGCUCAUUUGGCCUUCGCUUUGUUCCCGUCGAGCACAGUGUGGGCCGCUUAAUUUGCUAUUACCUUACAGGCCCGUACAAUGCUGCAUUUGUACUUGUUUUAAGUAUGCAAAUGGCCAACACAGCUGGCCACACUAAGAAAGUUGUCACUAACGCCGUGCUCUUCUUGGGGUACUGCACUGGAAACAUUGCUGGGCCGUUCUUCUACAAAACUGAUCAAUCACCUACCUACACCCUCGGCAUCUGGUCCAUGAUUGUCUCGCACUUGAUCGAGGCCGUCUUGAUCAGUGUCCUUGGUCUAUUGUUGCGCUGGGAAAAUCAAAAGCGCGAUCGUAUCCAGUCCCAGAUGGAGGGUGGUCUCGAGGGGAGAGAUCUGGAUGCGACUGCAUUUUUGGAUCUGACGGACCGAGAAAACUUGAACUUCCGAUACAUAUAUUAA